AGUCGCACAAGUAUGAAAAUUCCACCUUCCGCUGGAGCUGCAGCGGACGUACACGAUACCCACCGCCGACACCGGGCUUUCCUUCCGAGGCUUAACAAACAGCACAGCGCCGAUAGAUGGCUAGACGCCCUGGAUCCGCUCUUCGUGAGUCUGAACGGUGAAGAGAAUGUCCCAGAAGUCCUGGAUAGAGAACACUUUCACCAGGAGGGAAUGUGUCUAUAUUCUGCCCGUGUCAAAGGACCCCCACAGAUGCCUCCCAGGAUGCCAAAUCUGCCAGCAGCUCGUGCGAUGCUGCUGCGGCCGUUUGGUUCGGCAGCACGUUGGAUUCACGGCCACACUGGCAAUGAAAUACUCAGAUGUGCGAUUAGCGGAGGGGGGGCUUUCAGAACUGGAGCAGUGGUCUGUGGAGAAACAUACAGAGGAAAGUCCCACUGAUGCGUAUGGAGUAAUCAACUUCCAGGGUGGAUCCCAUUCAUACAGAGCCAAGUAUGUGCGCCUGUCGUACGACUCUCGUCCAGAGGCGAUUCUUCGACUCAUGUUGAAGGAAUGGCAGAUGGAGCUGCCAAAGAUCGUCAUCAGCGUUCAUGGAGGAAUUCAAAACUUUGACCUGCAUCCACGAAUCAAACAUGUAAUGGGCAAAGGACUCAUCAAAGCUGCUGUUACCACAGGGGCCUGGAUACUGACCGGAGGAGUGAAUACAGGUGUGGCCAAACAUGUGGGCGACGCACUGAAAGAGCACCUGUCACGAUCGGCGCGGAAAAUCUGCACACUGGGAAUCGCACCCUGGGGAGUGAUCGAAAACAGGAACGACCUAAUUGGAAGAGACGUUGUAGCGCCGUAUCAGACUCUGUUGAAUCCCCUUAGUAAACUGAAUGUGCUAAAUAACUUCCACUCACAUUUUAUCCUUGUGGAUGAUGGAACGGUUGGGAAAUAUGGAGCAGAAGUCAAACUCCGAAGAGAGCUGGAGAAACACAUUAACAUGCAGAGAAUUCACGCACGUAUUGGUCAGGGUGUUCCUGUGGUGGCGCUGAUUUUUGAAGGUGGUCCGAAUGUGAUCCUGACGGUAUUGGAGUAUCUGCAAGAAAGACCACCUGUGCCUGUGGUGGUGUGUGAGGGGACGGGUCGUGCUGCAGACAUACUGGCUUACGUCCACAAACAGACAGAGCCGGACGGUGCGUUGCCUGAUGGUGUUGAGGCCGACAUCAUCGCUACAAUUAAGAAAACCUUUAACUUCAGUCAAAGCGACGCACUGCAUCUCUUUCAAACACUGAUGGAGUGCAUGAAGAGCAAAGAACUGAUAACAGUGUUUCCUGUGGGCUCCGAGGAUCAUCAGGACAUCGAUGUGGCAAUUCUAAAGGCUCUUCUCAAAGGCACUAACGCAUCAGCCUUCGAUCAACUGGUCCUGACGCUGGCGUGGGACAGAGUGGACAUCGCUAAAGAUCACGUGUUUGUUUACGGACAACAGUUGCUGGUUGGUUCUCUCGAGCAGGCGAUGUUGGAUGCGUUGGUGAUGGACCGUGUGGAGUUUGUUAAACUGCUUAUAGAGAACGGCGUCAGUAUGCAUAGAUUCCUCACAAUUACAAGACUGGAGGAGCUUUACAACACGAAACAAACGCCAACAAAUCCAACUCUUUAUCACCUGGUGAGAGACGUAAAACAGGGUAACCUCCCACCCAACUAUAAAAUCACACUGAUUGAUGUUGGGUUGGUUAUUGAGUAUCUCAUGGGUGGAACAUACAGGUGCAACUACACACGAAAACGCUUCCGGAUAAUCUACAACAAUCUCCACGGAAACAGUCGGCGGUCAGGGCGACACACGGCCAGUAGCUCUCACGAGUCCUUCAGCAUUCAAGCUGACAAGAAAGAGAAAACGAGACACAAUCACUUCAUUAAGACUGCACAACCAUACAAACCUAAGCUGGAUUCGGCUGCUGAGCUGCAGAAGAAGAAGAGUAAAGAGGAAGUAGUGGACAUCGAUGACCCAGAGACGCGUCGUUUCCCAUAUCCUUUUAAUGAGCUGCUGGUGUGGGCCGUGCUGAUGAAGAGGCAGAAGAUGUCUUUGUUCUUCUGGCAGCAUGGAGAGGAGUCCAUGGCCAAAGCGCUGGUGGCCUGCAAGCUGCUGCGCUCGAUGUGCUACGAGUCCAAGAAGAGCGACGUGGUAGAUGAUACCUCAGAGGAGCUGAAAGAGUAUUCCAAUGAGUUUGGCACAUUGGCUGUGGAUUUGUUGGAACAGUCAUUCAGGCAGGAUGAAACGAUGGCCAUGAAGCUGCUGACAUAUGAACUGAAGAACUGGAGCAACUCCACCUGUCUGAAACUGGCUGUGUCAUCGCGGCUCCGCCCCUUCGUGGCUCACACCUGUACGCAGAUGCUGUUGUUCGACAUGUGGAUGGGACGACUAAACAUGCGGAAAAACUCCUGGUAUAAGGUGAUUUUGAGUAUCCUUGUUCCCCCGGCAAUCCUUCUGUUGGAGUACAAGACCAAAGCGGAGAUGUCCCAUAUUCCCCAGUCACAAGACGCCCAUCAGAGCAUGGAGGACAGUGAACACAACCUCCAGAGCCCUGAUGACAUACAGAUGGAUGUGUUUAAGGAAGUUCGUAUGAAUGAGAACAUAGAAAUAAAGAGUGAAUCAGAGGUCCACGUUCGGUCUCGUCGAUUACCCAUCACACGCAAGUUCUACGCUUUUUACCAUGCUCCCAUCGUCAAGUUCUGGUUUAACACGCUGUUUUAUAUAGGGUUCCUGAUGCUGUAUUCAUUUGUGGUGUUGGUGAGAAUGGAGAUGCUACCAUCUCCUCAGGAAUGGAUAGUCAUUCUCUACAUCUUUACACUAGCAGUGGAGAAGAUACGAGAGAUGUUCAUGUCUGAAGGUGGUAAGAUCAGUCAGAAGGUUAAAGUCUGGUUCAGUGAUUAUUUCAACAUCUCUGACUUCCUGGCCAUCCUCAUGUUCUUCGUGGGCUUCGGUCUGCGGUUCGGCUCGGGGAACGUGUUUAACACGGGUCGGAUUGUGUACUGCUUGAACAUCAUCUUCUGGUACGUGCGGCUGCUGGAUAUUCUGGCCGUCAAUCAGCAGGCGGGACCGUAUGUCAUGAUGAUCGGAAAAAUGGUGGCUAACAUGUUUUAUAUUGUGGUAAUUAUGGCAGUGGUGUUGCUGAGUUUUGGAGUUCCUCGUAAAGCCAUUUUGUACCCAGACGAGGAUCCCUCAUGGACUUUGGCCAAAGAUGUGGUGUUCCAGCCGUACUGGAUGAUGUACGGUGAAGUCUACGCGUAUGAGAUUGACGUGUGUGCAAACAACAGUGAAGUAAAGUCUCUGUGUAAGACGGGUGUAUGGUUGACGCCGCUGCUGCAGGCCGUGUAUCUGUUUGUUCAGUACAUUCUUAUGGUCAACCUGCUUAUCGCCUUUUUCAAUAACGUGUACCUGCAGGUUAAGUCCAUGUCAAACCUGGUGUGGAAAUACCAGCGUUACCAUUUCAUCAUGGCAUAUCACGAUAAGCCCGUCCUGCCACCCCCACUGAUUCUGCUUAGUCACGUGGGUUCUCUCCUGUCGUCCAUCUGCAGGAAGAGGAAGAAGGACAGCAGCACCUACGGACCAAAGCUCUUCCUGACAGAGGAGGACCAGAAGAAGCUGCAUGAUUUUGAGGAGCAGUGUGUGGAGACGUACUUCCAUGAGAAAGAUGAUCAGUUUCACUCUGGGAGUGAAGAAAGGAUCAGACUCACAUCGGACAGGGUGGAAACGAUGUGUGUUCAGCUAAAAGAGGUCGGAAGCAAGGUAAACUUCAUCAAGCGAUCUUUGCACACUCUGGAUUCUCAGAUUGGGCACUUGCAGGAUCUCUCAGCGCUAACCGUGGACACACUGAAGGCCCUGACGGCCCAGCGAGCAUCAGAGGCCAGCAAAGUCCACAACCAGAUCACCCGCGAGCUCAGCGUCUCCAAGAAUCUGGUGCCUGGCCCGUCCGACAUGGCGGGACAUUCUAAAUCGAGCGCAUUGGUGCGCUGCAGCGUGGGAUUCCUGCCACCUGCAACCAGCAUCGCGGACUCCCUAUUCGGGGGCGGGGGUGAAGACAGAGUGCUGCUACGUGAAGGGGAAGAGCUUAUUUUGAGGCCAGAGAGACGCCCUCUGUUCAUGCCUGAGGCUGGAUCCUCGGGUUACGCCUUACCGCACACACACACUAGUACACAGUCCCCGCAGCUGCGCCUGCGUGGACACUCUCUGCGCGAGGGGAAAGUCAGCCGACCCGAAGAUGUGAGUCCCUGCAGCCUCGUCAGCGCACCGGCCGCCACGGCCAAGUUCUUCGUCAGCACACCGACGCAGCUUGCGGACUCUCAGCCAAGCACACAUUCACAUGGCACACAAACGCACACACCCUCUCACACCAUACAGACAGAGAUGCAACACGCCGCCGUGGAGUUUGGGGCAUUUGUGGGUCACAAAGAUGACCCAGAGGGUCAGAGGUCAUUCCCCAAGGAGGUUUUGGCCACCGGGCGGCAACUCAGUCCACCCAGGAAGGGUCAGGAUAUGGGGGUGUCACGGGGUCACAUGCGGACUGUGAAUUCAUACGCUGGUUUCACCGAGUUUGACCGAAAUCCUUCGUUCCUGUCCACACAAAGUAAACAGGAAAGGAAUCGUGUGUCAUUGGAGGAUAUCUCACGACACGAGGAUCUGUCAGCUGCGGUGCUAUUGGGUAAAUCAGUGCAAUCCAGCAAAAUGAGUGUAGCAGAUGACGUCUCAAACGCUGCAGAAGGUCUGUACACUCGGCACAUACACCUGGGUGCACGCAAGGACUCGAUUGGUUCUCCGUUUAAGCCCAUGGAAAGUUAUCAGUAUUCAGCGGUGGAGCGUAAUAACCUGAUGCGGUUGUCUCAGAGUAUUCCAUUUACCCCAGUGCCCCCUAGAGGUGAGCCUGUGACUGUGUACCGUCUGGAGGAAAGUUCUCCUAACAGCAUCAAUAACAGCAUGUCGUCGUGGGCACAGCGCGGGCUCUGUGCAAAGAUUGAGUUUCUCAGUAAGGAGGAAAUGGGUGGCGGCCUUCGGCGGGCUUUAAAGGUUCUUUGCACCUGGUCAGAAUAUGACAUCCUGAAACCUGGACACUUGUACAUCGUCAAAUCCUUCCUACCUGAGGUGGUCAACACCUGGCAAACCAUUUACAAAGAGGACACAGUCUUGCACCUCUGUCUCAGGGAAAUUCAGCAGCAGAGAGCUGCUCAAAAACUCACGUUUGCCUUCAAUCAGAUGAGACCCAAAACAAUCCCAUACUCACCCAGGUUUUUGGAGGUUUUCUUGCUGUACUGUCAUUCUGCAGGCCAGUGGUUUGCGAUUGAGGAAUGUAUCACCGGAGACUUCCGGAAGUUUAAUAACAACAAUGGAGAUGAAAUCGUUCCAACCAACCUGCUAGAAGAAACCAUGCUGGCGUUUAGUCACUGGACGUAUGAAUACACGCGAGGAGAACUGCUUGUGCUCGACCUGCAGGGUGUCGGUGAGAUUUUGACAGAUCCAUCGGUCAUUAAGAGUGGGGAGAAAGGGUCUUACGAUAUGAUCUUCGGGCCUGCGAACCUGGGAGAUGACGCCAUUCGAAAUUUCCGUGCCAAACAUCACUGCAACUCCUGCUGCCGAAAACUCAAACUUCCAGACCUGGAACGAAAUGACUACACUCCAGAUAAACUAACACUGCAGCACGACCCGCCCCAGAGCCCGUCCAACUCGCCGCCUACAGAGGGCACCAGUAAGGAACAGCGACCCUCCAUGCGCUUAAUGCUGUGAGCACACACACACACACACACGAACACACUCACAAGACUUGCAUUACUGGAAACACAGUAAUGUUAUUACUGUCCUGAGUAGUUGUGUGUGUGUGUGUGUGUGUGUGUGUGUGUGUGGAGGACCUCUGUGUGGUUUAUAUGACGUUACACUGGUGAAGCCUCACCUAUGAACAAAUGAACUGAUGCAAUUCAGAAAUGUUUUAAAAUGUCACAUUUUAUCCUGUACAAGUAUAAUGGGAAUUAUUACCUUUUAAAGAGUAUUUUUUAAAUUGUUUUAUGUCCAUAUGGAAAUAUAAAAUGGUUAAUAACUGGUACAAUAUCACUGUAUAGAGUAAAGUAUUUAUUCUGAACUACAACAUUGCCUCGUAUAAAAUAAAAGCAAUUUUAAGUGCGAUGUCUGUCACUUUUUGAAGAGAACACUUGCUCAUAUGAAAUUAUCCUAUUUUGUACAGAGCUGAAUGCCAACUAAAUGUUUUUAUGUACAAAAAAAUGCAUUUAUGGUUCAAAGUUCAUACAUGUUUGAAUCUCAUGUAGAUGAUGGGCAGAUUGCAAUGCAAAUGACAGCACAGUAUGUGUGAUUUCAUUGUGCCGAACACUGAAAGCAAAUGCACACAAUCAUAACUCAACUUUAUAAUGUUACAGUGGUACUCUUGUCUUUUAUUGUCAUUGGAGUAUUGUGUAAGAAAUGUAAUCCAGUGUAUCUUAUAGAUACAUUUAUCUGGCACUAUUAUAACAGUUGAAACAGGACAAUAUUUGAUGCUGGGGAUAUGAAUGGAUCUCUAAAAACUUUUUACUGUACAUUUAAACUAAUAAAAUGCUGAGAAAAUCA